AUGAUAAUGUUAGAAGGUGCUAAAGCUACAACCGAAACUGUAGAUGCAUUGAGAACUAUAGCAGCUGCAAUGAAGGCAAUGCAAAAAGCAACGUACAACAUAGAUGAUGUCGACAAAACAAUGGACGAGAUCAACGAACAAACCGAAAACAUGAAACAGAUUCAAGAAGCACUGUCAACCCCUAUUGGAGCUGCAGCUGAUUUUGACGAGGAUGAAUUGGAGGCAGAACUGGAAGAACUCGAAGAUGUUGAGUUGGAAGAACAGCUUCUCCAACCCACAACAGCUCCUGCAGCACAGGUGCAGGUGCCUGCUGGCAGGCAACCGGCUCGUCCCAUUCCUCAAAAGUGCACGGCUGAUGAAGAUGAACUUGCGGCAUUGCAGGCUGAGAUGGGACUUUGA